AUCGCAAGUUCCUGCGGAAGCUGUCCCUCCGUCACGGCGGUUUCAUGCGACACAUCUACGAGGCGGCUGACGCGGCGCUGCAGCUACGAGAUUUCUAUCGACAGAUCUCGUCGCCGCUGCUGGCGCAUCUCAAAUUCUCUUACCCGGCGGCUCAGGUUAAGGCAGACUCAGUGACGAAACAUGAAUUCCGCUCUUACUACCGCGGCUCGGAGCUGGUGGUGGCUGGACGCGUCAACGAGGACUCUGUUGAGAUUACACCCCUAGUGGGCGCCUUCUGCGGCGUUGAUGACGGCUAUGGCAGGAAACGCUAUGAGGUGAGGCCUAAGGUCCCGGUGGCGGCGCCCCGCGGGGACUACCUGCCGCUGGAGAGGCUCUGGUCGUAUCUUACCAUCAAACAGCUGCUCGACCAGCAGGAGACCGUCGACAAAGACCGCACAGAUGACAAGGAAAAUACCCCUGAAAAGAAGGCAUUGGCACUCGCUUUGAAGUACGAAUUCGUGACUCCGCUGACGUCUCUGGUUGUGGUGAAACCUAACGCGACGAGCGCAAUUGACGCCGAGUCGGUUGACAAGUCAGGCGGUUCUCCUUAUACUGGAUUAAGCGCUCACGCCGGAUUCGUCGGUGGUGGACUAUCUAGUGGAUACCUUAGCAGUGCUCCCCUGUCGUUAAGCUUCUCCAAACCGAUGGCGGGUUCUUUCGGAAGCGUCAACGGCCCGACGGGACCGUUGUUCGCACCAUCUGCACAAUUCGAGGCGGAACCUGAAGACUAUGUUAUAGACAAUGAUCAAGACACUGCAGACUUAGGUGCCAGCGGUCCCUUAUAUGCUCUACACAGUCCACUUAAUGCCGGUUUUGGUAUGAGAAAACCAACGACAAGCUACCAUAAUUUCUUCCUGGACAUGAAAGUUUAUGAACCUUCGACCCCUGCCCCGCUGUACUCUUUUACUCAUCGGCCGCUGAAUCUGCUGGACUUUGUUGGUCUGAACAAUUACAGCUGGAUGGAAACGUUACUGAAAACCGGUGACCAAAGCAAAGACAGUAUAAAUUUGACUGUUAACAAUACCACCCACGUCUUAAAACUGGCAAGAACAGACAUUCCGAAAGAAUCGGCCGACAUGAAAUGCGACAAAGCAGUGGGUGGCGGCGAAGGCGUGUGCGUCUACUUAACGCGGUGUGACGCCGCGAGGAACAUCACAGCUGAACUGUACACUACGACGUUCUGCGAAGUCAAUCAAUAUGCGGGUGUAUGUUGUUCGCAGAAGGAUGUCGACUUACCACAUUGAAAUUGUCUGGAAUUUGUGUUUCGUUCGUGUAUAAAUAUAGUAUAAUAGAUAGACAAUUACGAUGGCAACACUUUAUAAAUCAUUCAUGAUAUUGACUUUUUAACUUAAACUUUUUCCCCAUAAUAUCAAUUAUUCAAAUUGAUAAGUUGUACCCAACUAGACACGCAUGAAGAUGUUAGUCUAAAAGAUUAAUUAGCUUAUACCUCUAGCUUAACAUUUAGUUCCAAUAGCUAUCAAAAGUGAGAUUUGAUAUUAUUAACUAGGAAUGUCUAGGUAGAUAAGUAGUAAGAGCAAGUAUUGAGUAAACUCAAAUAAAUGUUGAAAACUUAAGGUGCUAGGUUAAUUGAAUAGUGCCAUUAUUAGAAUUAAACAUGACCUACUGUUGUGAGAAGUACCUAGUUUUCGUUUUUAUACAAUUGAAUCUUAAUAAACGUAAGAUAUUUUUUAUUUCUGUC